GACGCGAUAAGAGAGCAGCAGUAAAGCCUCUGUUAGCCAAGGUUGCACUCUGCGAAGCUGAGAAGUCCUGCAAUCAAGUGGACGACAACGCAGAGUCGGUUGAAGAUCAUGAAGACAGGGCAGAGUCGGCCGAGGAUGGUGAAAGCAGCACAGUGCCCCUGCCUGUUGCGUCGCCAGUGGUCCUCCUUGACAUGGGUGUACAGGUGUCAAGUGGGGACUUUGGCGAGAACUUUUCUCGUGUGGUAAAUAAGGAAAAUGUGUGUUCCUUUACCGGCCUUCCCAACAUGGAGCUUCUCACUGUUCUAGAGAAGCUCGUGUCUGAUACGACGCCCACAUCAACACGAGCUUACCUGUCAGCAAAAGACAAAAUAGUCAUGACUAUGAUGGCCUUGAAACAUGCUCUAACAUUUGACUUCCUGUCUCAGAUCUUUGGAGUGUGUCCGACCACAGUGAGCACCACUGUACGGAAGACAACAAGGGUCCUUGCGGCAUUUCUUAAGACUGCCAUAACUUGGCCAUCCAAGGAUGAAGUUCUGCAUAACUUGCCGGUCUGUUUUGAGAAGUUUUCGCAUGUUCGUGUUGUGCUCGACUGCACGGAAAUUCCUGUGGGCACUCCGAAGUGUUUGAGGUGUCGCAUCAGCACAUACUCCCAUUACAAAAAGGGACACACCAUAAAAUAUAUGGUAGGUGUUUCACCUGGUGGUUUAGUGACCUACGUCAGUAGUGGUUACGGAGGUCGAGCCUCGGACAAGGCUAUCUUCGACCAAAGUGGUUUGGUAGAUAUGCUCUUGCCAGGAAUAGACCACAUAAUGGUGGACAAGGGGUUUCUCAUUGACAGCACAUGCGAAACAAGGCUGAUAGCUGUGGUGAGGCCCCCAUUCCUACAUGCAAAAAAGCAGCUCUCAAAGGGUGAAGCCCUUGCAACAAAGCGCAUAGCAGCAGCAAGGGUUCACGUGGAGAGGGUGAUUCAAAGAAUCAAGCUGCUCAAGAUUGCAUCUCAAAAGAUGCCCUGGCACAUGGUGCCACUAGCAGAUGACAUUCUUACCAUUGCAUGUGCCUUAACCAAUUUGUCUCCACCAGUUCUCGCAGACAGCAGGUUUCUUUAAGCUUUUCAUAAAGGGACGGGGCUUUGGUUAGCUUAAGAGGUAAGCACGCACUUUUCAGUCGAGAUCAGAAAUAAAACCUUUUUUUUUCCUCAAAAGAAUUGAGGUUUAAUUUACAUCACCUGGGGACAUUUUUGGAUAUAUAUAUUUUUUAUUAAUUUAAAGUAUAACAGGCUAAACCAAAACUGUGUGUCUUUUGGCUGUUCUGCAGCAUUGCUAUCAAGGUAAGAAUGUCAUGAGUUUUGCUGCAAGAUGACGUCUUCAGUAUGAAGGUGGUGUACUGUGAACAAUUUAGUUUUGAACCCCUGCACAAAAUUGCCCCUUGUUUGUAUUGGAUUGCCGCAAAAUUGCCAAAACUGUUUGCAUGUGUAUUAAUGUAAAGUAUAGCUUUAAGUUUUAAAAUGUGUAUAAUUUGAAGUAUGUCAAUUUGUGAUAAA